AUGUCCUUGACGGAAAACGGCGUGGAUGUGAGCGCGCUGUGCAGCAUCAUGUCCCCCAUCAGCUCCAGCUCUGCUGCAUCGAGGAAGCGAACACCUCCGAGGAACAUGCACGCCCUCCGCGGCCCCACUGCUUCUCCUAAACAGCAGUUCAGGGGAGUUGGGCUAACUGGAGAGAGCUGCGGGCUGGUGUCCCGGGAGGAGGCGGCGGAGCGCGCGCAGGGGGGCUCGGAGAGGCCGGUGCAGAAGCAGAGGAGCCGCCGGAGGCCGCGGGUCCUCUUCUCGCAGGCGCAGGUCUUCGAGCUGGAGCGGCGCUUCAAGCAGCAGCGCUACCUGUCCGCCCCCGAGCGCGAGCACCUGGCGACCACCCUGAAGCUCACCUCCAACCAGGUCAAGAUCUGGUUCCAGAACCGCCGCUACAAGUGCAAGCGCCAGCGGCAGGACAAGUCCCUGGAGGCGGCGGGGCAGCACCAGCACCCGCCGCCCCCGCCCCGGCGCGUCGCCGUGCCGGUUCUGGUCCGGGAUGGGAAGCCGUGCCUUGGCGGCGCGCAGAGUUACCCCCCCGCGGCUGCUUACGGCUCCAACCCGUACAGCUACAACGGGUACCCGGCCUACAGCUACAGCAGCCCGGCCUACAGCAGCGGCUACAGCUGUCCCCCCGCGCUGCCCCCGGCCUCCACCCCCAGCGCCUUCAUCAACAUGAACUUGGGAACCAUGAACGGCCUCGGCGGCCCCCCCCAGACCCAAACACACCAAGGGACAGCGGUCACAUCCUGCCAGGGCUCCCUGCAGGGGAUCCGGGCCUGGUAG